ACGGAAUUAGUUUGAUUAAAUUCGAUAUAUGUAAUUUUUAAUUGAAUUUUGCCAUUAAUAACUGAACAACUUUUUUUUCUGAAACAAAUAAGUAUCAGAACUUGCAUUUCUCCUAGAAAUGAACAAAAAAAUAAUUGGGUUUUAGACAAUCUACAGAAAAGCCAAAGCCCUCGGUUUAUACCACGCUAUCCGUACAACCGAGGAAGCAAAGACUUUUUUUUAAAAAGGUUUUGGCUUUAGCUUACUUGCCAGCCCAUCUUAUUGACAAUAAAUUCCGAGAUCUUAAAAAUGGUUUGUCGGCUUCGAUGAAACGCCGUUUCAGCCAGUUUUGCGCUUAUUACACCCGUUAUUGGCUGGGGGUAGUUUCAUCAGAGGGAUUCAGCGUCUACGGACUCAGCCGUCGGACCAAUAACAUCAUCGAAUCUUACCACAGUCGACUGCGGCAUCGGAUGGAGACUCGUCCAGGUCCGCGGGAUUUUGUGUGUUAACUGCUGAAACUUCAAGUAGACGUGAAAGUCGACAUCGCGCGUUUAAGGAACCACGUGCAAAUCGGCAGGCAUGCACGAUAUUCAACCGUUUUCAAACAGAAACAAUUGAUAAAAGCGUGGCGUGAACUCCAUACGCUGGAAAUCACUGUAGAUGAAUUCCUUGAUAAGGCGGCUGCCUUAUCAAGGCCGAUCGUCAUGGCUCAACAGAAUGAGGCGGAAAAUGAUGAGAAUAAUGAAAUGCAGGAACGUCCACCGACUAGACACUCAGACCCAGAUUUCGAGCAAGAAAUAUUUGAAGACGAUCCCCCUCGAUGGCUUCUCGAUAAUGUUGUUGAACCAUCACCAAAUGAUUCUCCCGAUGACGGUCUUGACGUUAUCUCAAGUGACGGGUCUGCUAUAGUUGAAUUCUUCAAUGAACAAGAAGACGAUCCACCAGAGAUGGAAAUUCCUCAUGACAUCGAAAGACCGAGAACGGUCUCACUCGAGCUGAACAAUAUCGAAGAAGUCAUGCAGACCGACGACGAAUCGCGUCAACCUUCGUCGCUAGCAACAAACGAUGACCAGCAUUUGAGAAUUGUGAACGAUUUUGAAGGAGUAAGGGCAGAAUCGCUUCAAAAUAACUGUAUCGAAGAAAUCCUCGAUGAAAGCUCGCAUGGAUCAUUGUUAUUUGUAAAUAAUGAAAACGAUCCGGAAUCGAGAGAUCUGAGGAAUGUUGAAGGAACGACACCAGAAGCAACGUAGCCCGGUAAUAACGGUUGGAUUCGAAGACCAAGAAAGCCAAGAAAGCGAAGAAGAGGGAACAACACGAACCAACCUCCCUCUGUUCUUACAACUCAAUCGACAGCUAAUUCGCCAGAAGCGAAAUAGGCGAAGAAAAGAGAUGAGAAAAAAAGCUAUAGCGCAAUAACGUAAUGUAGCCAACGCUGAAUCGGAGCAGCUCCAGGCUUGAUUGAUAGCAGCGGAGAAUCGCCUGCAGAGCGUGGAAAAUAAUGCUAUUUCGGUUUUAAAUAUUUGCAAUGUUAUGUCUCAGAAAGGUGGUAAUCAUCUACUAACCUCGUCUUCAUUAUCUGUCAUGUCAUCACUCGGUACUAUUUUAACCGAUCGACGUUCACAUGGCUCAUGUUCCUUAUCAUCCGAGUUGGUAACCUGCCGUAAUAUGUAAUCAAUUUUUAUUCUUACAGCCAUUCUUUUUUGAUCCUCUGUUUAAUCAAAGUUACAAUAACGAUCGUCUAUUUACCGGUAAAAUUUCUUGAAAGAUACUUAAAAGCUGGUUUUCCACAAUGUGGCUCCUUUCUUUUUUAUAUUUGUCUAUCUGCUUCUGAAAUUUUAGUAUAAACAUUGAAUGAUAUUUUUGGAAUCAGUUUUAUAUUCGGUUGAGGCGGUGCAGCUGUUCGUUAUUUUGUCAUUCCGGUUGUGCCACAAUGCUUCAUUUCACGCAUCGGAUUAACUAACUGCCGGCCAGUUGGAUUUCCUCCAUAUCAUACCAGAUAAUUCACGCACUAUGAUCUCUCAGUUAGCAAGCAUAUUCGACGCCCAACGCUUUCCAAUUUGAUAAUAUUUUAUACUACAUGUUGUAACGUGAUAAAAUUGACCAAAACAUGGAUUGGCACGGUGAGAGAGGAAACGUCGGGUAACGACGGAUAAUUCCUCUCGAGAUAAAUGUUUCCGAGUCAAAUGCGAGCGUUACUUCGUUUUAGUAAUUUAUUUUGAAUAUUUUAUUUCACGUUGAGCGAGCGACAGCGAACGAGACGGAAAGGAUAGCAGAUGAGUCGAAACAUCGUUGAAAUUACCGCAAGGGAAGGCAUAGGCUAGUCGUCAAGGUCAAAAUUGUUAUCGUCGUACGUCGAACUUUCGAGCAAGGGUCGCUAGCUCGAAGCCCUCACCUGGAGCUGUCUCACCUCGCGACGCGUCAACAAGCGUCGGGAAUCAUCGGAACAUCUCGGCUGUCAAUGGUCAUCGUCCGUCGUCGAUCGUUUAACCGAAAUUCGGAAUUAAGCGAAUCGAAAUAAAAUCAAAACCUUCGAGAAUAAUCUAGAUCCCGCGAGUAGGCGAAGGGUGGGGGGCUAGGACCCGAAAGUAUAAGAACGCUGCCCUGUCGUUAAGGGAGGACUUCGUUUUCUGGAACACUACGUGACCUGACGUAUUCUUUCGAGCCUUCGCCAACCCGUCAAGAAUUCGACAUCACCGGAAUAUUGGGGAGAACUCCGUGGUCUUUUCCGGAGUAUUUCUUGACUAAAACCGUAGCGGUGAGCUGUCGUUUCGCUUUCUUUUUGUGAUUUAUUUUGUGAAAUUUUGUAUCGAAAAGAGCUCUAAAAAUAUUGUGAAUGUUUCGAUUUCGAGAGCGAUAUUGUUUCGGGGUAACGUUGGCUUUUGAGAAAAGUUGUGUAAUCGUCUUGCCCGGUAUAAGAGCUACCGUUUUCGCGUUAUUUAUUUCGAGAAUUGCCGAGAGGAAUUCGUCUUUCUUGUUCCGCGAAGUCCGUAGGUUAAGAGAUCUGACAGAGGUUGUUUCAUUAAUUAAGACCUUCUGUUACCAAUUAUUGGAUUGCAACCAUCACUUCAAUUUAUUGUAAAUCGAACAUUUUCCGGAAAUUACUUAUCUGGAAAACUACCAAAUAUUUGUUUUCCCGUGUUUUCUAAUCAGUUGUUUUUAUUUAAUAAA